GUAGGCCCCCCACCUCGGAGCGGGGCCUGUUGUGUUGUUGACGGUUGGAAGGCGAUGAGCUCGAGGAGGAGCCGGAGCCGGGACCGGGACCGGGACCGGAGCCCGAGCCCGGAGCGCAGCGCCCGCAAGCGGAAGGAGAAGCGGCGCCGCAACCGCUCCAGGUCAGCUUCGCGGGACGGGGGAUGGAGGAGGACGAGGACGAGGACGAGGAGCGGCAGCCGGGAGCGCAGCCCGGCCCGGGAGCGGCAGCAGCAGCAGCAGCGGCGGCCGCCGCCUCCGCCGCCGCGGUCAAAAUCGCGCUCGCCCCCCGCCCGCUCCAGCAGCUCGUCCCGCUCCCCCGGCGGCUCCAGCCGCUCCUCCUCGUCCCGCUCGGGCAGCCCGAGCAGCGUCAGCCGCCUGCUGAGCCUGCAGGAGAAGCUGAAGCAGAAAGCCGAGAAGAAGCAGCAGCGGGAGCUGGCCAAGGCCAUGGAGACCCCCGAGGAGAAGCGGGCCCGCCGCCUGGCCAGGAAAGAGGCCAAGGAGAGGAAGAAGAGGGAGAAGAUGGGCUGGAGCGAGGAGUACAUGGGCUACACGAACGCGGACAACCCCUUUGGCGAUAACAACCUGCUGGGCACCUUUAUCUGGCAAAAGGCCCUGGAAAAGAAAGGAAUUAGUCACCUUGCUGAAAAAGAUUUAAAGGACAGAAACAAGCAAAUUCAGGAGGACAACCGCUUGGAAUUGCAAAAAGUUAAACAGCUACGUCUUGAACGAGAGCGAGAAAAGGCCCUGCGGGAGCAAGAAUUGGAGAUGUUACAGCGGGAGAAGGAAGCAGAACACUUCAAGACCUGGGCAGAACAAGAGGAUUAUUUCCAUUUACAGCAAGCUAAACUGAGAUCAAAAAUCCGCAUCUUGGGAGGCAGAGCCAAGCCGAUUGACCUUCUUGCUAAAUACAUCAGUGCAGAGGAUGAUGAUCUAGCUGUAGAAAUGCAUGAACCUUACACAUUUCUAAAUGGGCUGACAGCAUCAGACUUGGAAGAUCUUCUUGAAGAUAUCAGAGUUUACAUGGAGUUGGAGCAAGGGAAAAAUGCUGACUUUUGGAGAGAUAUGACUACCAUUACUGAGGACGAAAUCAGUAACCUGAAAAAGCUGGAAGCUUCAGGAAAGGGGCCAGGCGAGAGACGAGAGGGAAUCAACACUUCAGUGAGCACUGAUGUCCAGUCUGUAUUUAAAGGGAAAACCUACAACCAACUUCAAGCACUGUACCAGAACAUCGAGGCAAAAAUCAAAACUGGUGGUUCAAAUUUGGACAUUGGCUACUGGGAAUCUUUAUUGCAGCAGCUCAAGGCAUAUAUGGCCAGAGCCAGACUACGUGAGCGGCACCAGGAUGUGCUGCGGCAGAAACUUUAUAAACUGAAGCAAGAGCAGGGAGUGGAAAGUGAACCCUUGUUUCCCAUUCUAAAGAAAGAAUCAGAGUCUCCCAAGCACAACACAGAUCAGAGCAGCCUGUCUUCAACUGGCAGUUGUAAUGCAGAGAACCUUCCUGUCAGAAUUGAUGAAACAGACCAAAAUGAAUUACAUCAGAACCUUUGCAUGCUGAAGCAAAAUCAAGGAGUUGAAAGUGAGCCCUUCUUUGCAAUUCAAAAGAAAGACCCUCCGUUUCCCAAGGACAAGUCGGGAGGUGAAGAAAAGGAAGCACCAGGCACUUCUGCCUCAGGAGCUUCAGAACCCAAUGAAGAAGAGGAGAAUGCAGAGCCUGAAGCUGAAGGAGAGGCAGUGCUCACUGAGGAGGAUCUAAUCCAACAGAGCUUGGAUGAUUACGAUGCUGGAAAAUACAGUCCAAAGUUACUCAGCCCUCAUGAACUACCUAUGGACACCCACAUAGUAGAUGCUGAUGAGGAUCUGCAAAAAUUAAUGAUGGCAAGGCAGCAAUUGCAAGUGACAGGUGAUGCCAGUGAGAGCGCUGAAGAUGCAUUUGUGCGCAAAGCCAAGGAGGGAAUGGGAACUGAUGAAGCUCAGUUCAGUGUGGAGAUGCCCUUAACUGGAAAAGUGUACCUUUGGGCUGACAAAUACCGUCCAAGAAAACCACGUUUCUUCAAUCGUGUCCAUACAGGCUUUGAGUGGAACAAAUACAACCAAACCCAUUAUGAUUUUGACAACCCUCCUCCUAAGAUUGUCCAGGGUUACAAAUUCAACAUAUUUUAUCCAGACCUUAUUGACAAGAGGGCAACCCCACAAUAUUUCCUUGAGCCAUGUGUGGACAACAAGGACUUUGCAAUUCUCCGCUUCCAUGCAGGCCCUCCGUAUGAAGAUAUUGCUUUUAAAAUUGUGAACCGCGAGUGGGAGUACUCUCAUCGGCAUGGUUUUAGGUGUCAGUUUGCCAAUGGAAUAUUUCAACUAUGGUUUCAUUUCAAAAGAUAUCGCUACAGAAGAUAAAAGCACCAGAGUAAAAACUAAUGACUGUUUAUCAUAUUUAGCUUGUAUCCUUUUCUGAGAUUGUCAAUCAGUUAUGUAUGUUUCAAGUGAAUUUAGAAUCCACAAUGAUGUGAGCUCAUUUUAAUCCUCGCCAUACUGUUAUUUUCCUAAUAAGUUUCUAUAGUUAGAGAAACAUAAGCUCAAAGCAGUUCAUAAUGCUGCCCAGCUGCAAGAACUAAAGCUCCUAAAGUGUCUAUUUUUUUUUUGCAUUAUUUGGGGUGUAUAUGUUUUAUUGCCUCUUUCUCUUUUGGUGGUACUCAGCAUUUCUUCAUUUUUCCCUCUGAUUUUUUUUUUGAGGAGGAAUGUGGGAGUAGGCUCUUUAUCCCCUUGAGCUUGUUUCCCCAUUCAAUGAGAUCAUGGCUGAUCUGUGUGAACUCCAUAUACCCACCUUUGUCCCAUCCCUUCACAACUUAGGCUAACAAAAAAAUUUAUCAAACUCAGUUUUAAAGUUAACAUUUGAUCUGUCAUCAAUUACCAUUUACAGAAGAGAGUUUCAAACUUCUACCAUCCUUUGAGUGAAGUGUUUCAUAAAUUCAUUCCUGAAAAGUCUGCCUCUAAAUUUUAGGCUGUGCCACCAACGUCCUAGACAUUCCGACUAGUGAAAAUAGCUUCUUCCAAUCUAUUUAUUUGUUCCCCUUAAUAUCUUAAAAUUUUUGAAUAAAUCACCCCUUAAUUUGCCAAAUUACAGGAAAUGCAACUGUAGUUUGUUUAAUCUCCCUUCGUAGGAAGUAUCUUGGUUACCCAUUCUGUGAGGAUAUCACUGCCACAGAUCCAUAAUUUUUUUACCCUGUGGAGCAAUACAUUGGGAUUCUGACAUGCCAUACAUUUCCUAAAUAUAGAAAAAUCUCUGUAUUCCAAUAUGCUCCAGGAAUGGGAGGUACCAGUUAAUCGAACGUGCCAAUUAACUGAGAUGUAAGGUGAGUUCUGCGUUUUCACUCCGUGAGACCCCAGGAUGAUCUCACAGGUAUUGAGAUCUCACAAAAGGUGCCGGAGUGCACAAAUGAAGUGCAUGGCGCCAAGGGGAGGUGGUGCUGCAGAGCAGUGGGAGGCUGACACUUGAGUGAGGACAAGCUACCAAUAACUAUUAUCAGUGAGUUUGACAUCUCCAAUCAAAAGACAGACCUGACACCAGGAUUUCAAAACGAGAAUUCCAGUUGGUAGAACACUGGAUAAUUUUACUGUAAAUAAUUUUUAUUGGUAUUAUUAGCAAAUAAAGAUUACAAUUCUGUAGUACCUUUCAUCACUUGAAGAUUCCCCAGUUCAAUUUGCUCCCAGCAAGAUUCCACGAACAAUGAGAUACUUAACAGAAAUGUUUUUUGGUAGUGUUGAGGGAUAAAUGUUAUUGGAACACUAGGGGAGCUCCUGCUUUUCUUUAAAUAAAGCCAUUGGAUCCUUUACAUCCACCUAAGCAGGGAAAUCGGGCAGUCAGAUAUCUCAUCAGAAAGAUGACGUGUCCAACAAUGCAGUAAUCCCACAGUACUAGAUAAUAUCCGUCAAGAUUAUGUGCUUAAAUCGUAAACUUGUUAGGGCUUGAUCUCACAUCUGUAUUUUCAAAUCUACAGCAUUGUUCAUACUGUUGAUGUAUCCCUGUAUGGAGAUGUCCUGCAGUGAAAAAAAAUUUAAGAGCUUACCUGGAUCAGUUGAAGUUUUGUGUCUCAUGCUGUCUGUCACACUUAUGUAUUGUGCAUAAAGAAUUUACAUAAAUAUGGUAAAGAUUAGUGAUGGGUUGAGAUUAUCUGCCUGGCAAAUUACCAAAUAUCAUAUGGAUUAUAAUUGACCUGAUUUUGAUUUUGUCACUAAUUCAGAGUGACUUUGAACCAGUGAAGAAUGAAGAAAUAGGAAAUAAUUGAGUACACUUAAAUUGACAUUUUUCCAAAAGCUACCAUUUAUUGAACAGAGAGUAAUCAUAAACAUUGACCAAAUUGCUUAUUACUUUGUGCAGUUUUUGUCUGUAGUUGUUUUUCAUUCAGAUGAGAAUAUACACCAGGGAAUAAUAUUUAUAUUGAACACAUUUUUAAAAAAGAUGUAGCACUGAAAGAAGUGAGUAAAAUUGCAUGUAUAACUAGCUACCAAAUGAUUGAAAAGAACUGCCAAAGAUUUAGCUCUGCUCUCCUGGCUGGGGCUUCAAUUGGAAUAGCACCAUAGUUCUGGAACUUUUGCAAAUUCUUAUUGUGCACUGAAUUAACAAGUGUUUCUACUCUACUGUGAAACUACACCAUGCACCAUAAUAACCUGUGCGACAUGAAAAUAAGGUGAGAAGGACCAGUGUUUUUGUUACUGUAAAGAAGUUUUGUGUGAGAUGCAUCACGUGAUUUGCAAUUCAUUUUCCCUGUACCCAUAAUAGUUAUGUAAUCUAGGCAAAAAAGUUGAAAUUAAUUGUGAAUAUUGGAGAAAACAAAUUAAAGCCACUUUUUCAGCA